AUGGGGGAGUGCCCGGUCAGCAGAUUCUUGGCGCAAAUAAAAGAGCUGGAGGAAGAGAAGAUGCACAGGUCAGAUGUCAUUCUAGCUAUAUUUAAGCUACUUGAUGAAAGCGAGAAAAGAGCACUUUUUUCACUCAUGUCCAGUAAUAUAUCGGUGCGAAGGGUUGAGCAGGAAAGCGUGCACAAGCUGCUGCUGCUAGGAAUACUAACGGUUGAGAAGGAGUACUAUGUGCUAAGCGAUAAGAUACGCAGCAGAGUGCUCCAGGCAUGCACCAGGCCUAUGGAUGAGAGAGUGCUUGUGCGGGUAGGCAUGGAGGGAAAAAGCGUGGUGAGGAGUAGCGCAGACUCUAGCGAUAUCUAUAGCACUGUCCUUUAUAAGACCAUAUCCAGCAAGCCCAAUGCAAACAAAACAGUUAGAAGGCUUAUGCUGAACACUGGCAUAGUCAGCAAGGAUGGCCUGACCCACAAAGGGUUUAACUUUUUGCUGACAGGAAGGAAAAACCAGAUGUGGACGCUUGUUCUUGCGCAUAUACAAGAGGACCUGGCCACGCGGCAGGAAGAAGUUCUUGUUAUGUGCGAGUUCCUGGUUAAAGACCCAAAAAGAAUGUAUGCAAUAGAUGUCUCAUACAGGUCAAAAAUGCUGGAUUUAUUUGAGUCGCUGGGGUUGAUUACGUUUGAGCGCGGGCUUGUUCGGUUCUCAUCUACGUUUUCUCUGCUCUUUGAUGACGAGGAGGGAGGGGAAAAGUUCCUUACUCUUGAAAGCAACUUCCGGCUGUACAUAUAUAGCAACAGACCUCUUGACGUGUUUAUUAUCUCUCUGUUCAGCAUAAAGAUCAGGGAGUUUCCAAAUAUGAUUGUGGCCAUGAUAAACGAAGACAGCAUCAGGCAGGCUCUUACAUACGGAAUAACAGCAGGACAGAUUCGAGUCUAUCUAAACCAGAAUAGCAUGCACAAGAUAAACGAAAAUGUGCUUGAGCAGAUCCGUCUGUGGGAGAAGAGAAUGAACCGGAUACACGCGUGGGAGUCCUACAUCUUCAGCAAUUUUUUGAACUACAAGGACUUUCUGCUUGUUGAGUCAUAUUGCGAAAACAACAACGUUGAGCACAGGUCGUACCGAGACAAGAGGGUGCUGGUAGUGGGCGUUGAGAACUACGACAAUGUGAAGAGCUUUAUCCGAGUGAGCAUUAAGUAA